AUGGAGAUCUUCUCCUUCCUCUUCCUUACCCUUCUCCUCCCUCUCUAUCUCUACUUCGCUAGACAAAAGCCCAACCAAACCAACAACAAAGGCUUUAAACACUACCCUCUCAUAGGAACCUUACCGGAAUUCAUCAAAAACCGCCAUCGCUUCCUUGAAUGGACCACCCAAGUCCUCCGCGACUGCCCCACCAACACCGCCGUCUUCUCCCGCCCCUACAGCAUCCACGGCGUCAUUACGGCCAACCCCGAAAACGUCCAACACAUGCUCAAAACCCAAUUCCAAAACUACCCUAAGGGCGAACGCUUCAUCCACCACCUCCAAGACUUCCUCGGCAACGGAAUCUUUAACUCCGACGGUGAACUCUGGAAGGUGCAGCGAAAAGUUGCCAGCUAUGAAUUCAGUACCAAAUCACUCCGUAACUUCAUCGUCAACUCUGUCACCACCGAACUCCAUACCAGGCUUCUUCCAAUUCUCUCCAAAGCCUCAGAGACAAACAGGGUCCUCGAUUUGCAGGACCUGCUCGAGCGCUUCGCCUUCGACAACGUCUGCAAGCUAGCCUUCAAUGUUGACCCCGCCUGUCUCGACGGCGACGGCACUGCCGGCGCCGAGUUCAUGCGCGCGUUCGAGGACGCCGCCGUGCUGAGUUCAAGGAGGUUCAUGAGCGUGUUACCCUUCACGUGGAAACUAAAGAAGCUCUUGAACAUCGGAACAGAACGGAGACUAAGAGAAUCAAUCACGACCGUCCACGUGUUCGCCGACUCGAUGAUAAGGUCACGAUUAGAAUCGAGAGAGCCCACCAGCGGCGACGAAGAUUUACUUUCGCGUUUCAUCAGAACAGAGGACACCUCGCCGGAGUUUCUCCGCGACGUCGUGAUAAGUUUCAUUCUUGCCGGGCGUGACACGACGUCAUCCGCGCUCACCUGGUUCUUCUGGAUUCUCUCUUCCAGACCUCACGUGAUGAGAAACAUUCGCGAAGAAAUCGCAAGGGUUCGGUCCGCGACUCGUGGCAUUGGCGCGUUCAGUUACGAGGAGCUGAGGGAGAUGCAUUACCUGCACGCGGCGAUUACGGAGACAAUGAGGCUAUACCCGCCGGUGCCCGUUGACUCGAAGAAGUGUGAGGACGACGACGUUUUGCCGGAUGGAACGAGGAUUGGGAAGGGGUGGUUCAUGUCGUACCACACGUACGCAAUGGGGAGGAUGGAGAGCGUGUGGGGAAAAGACUGCACGGAAUUUAAUCCCGAAAGGUGGUUGGAGAAUGGCGCCUUCCGACCGGAGAGUCCGUUUCGUUUUCCGGUGUUUCACGCAGGUCCCCGAACGUGUCUUGGCAAAGAAAUGGCUUAUAUUCAGAUGAAGUCGAUCGCAGCUUCCGUGGUGGAGAGUUUUGAGAUUGAGCCACUCGAUAAAGACACGUGUCCUGAGCACGUUUUGUCUUUGACUUUAAGGAUGAAGGGAGGGUUGGCAGUGAUGGUAAGGAGAAGGGAUACAUAA